GUCCCAAGGGGGGCCAUGGGGCAGGUCCUGCCGGUCUUCGCCCACUGCAAAGAAGCUCCAUCGACAGCCUCCUCUACCCCUGACUCCACGGAAGGAGGAAAUGACGACUCGGAUUUUCGGGACCUGCACACAGCCCGGGAAUUCUCGGAGGACGAGGAGGAAGAGACCACGUCGCAGGACUGGGGCACUCCCCGGGAGCUGACCUUCUCCUACAUUGCCUUCGACGGCGCGGGGGGCUCCGGGGCGCGCCGGGAUUCAGCUGCCCGCCGCCCCAGGCCCCAGGGGCGCUCAGUAUCUGAACCGCGGGACCCACCCCCUCAGCCUGGCCUGGGCGACAGUUUGGAGAGCAUCCCCAGCCUGAGCCAAUCCCCGGAGCCCGUGCGCCGGGGAGACCCCGACACUGCUCCUCCGGCAGAGCACCCCCUGGAGGACCUGGGGCUCCAGCUGGACCAGCUGGACUGGGCCGCCCGGGAAGCGGGGUCCGGGGAGGACUCUUCUACCAGUAGCUCCACCCCGCUGGAAGACGAGGAGCCCGACGGAUCAGAGACAAGAGAGGCUGGGAAAGAACUGGACGUACAACUCGGACUCGCUCAGUCCUCGCCGCCCGAAGUCUUAACUCCACAGUCCAGCCCUGGCUCUGGGACCCCUCAGGCCCGUACCCCGUCCCCACCCGGAUCCCGGGAUUCGAACUCUUGGCCUGAUGAGCCCUCGCUGGACGAGAAAGAGGAAGAGCCAUGGGGGCAGCUGGAUCGGGAGCCAAUCACGGGGCAGUGCCUCGUUUGCACGAACCAAUCAGAAUUCACAUUGGAACCACACUUUCUAGUGGCCGACCUGCUGUACUGGAAGGACACGAGGACAUCAGGAGUGGUCUUCACGGGCCUCAUGGUCUCCCUGCUGUGCCUGCUCCACUUUAGCAUCGUGUCCGUGGCCGCCCACGUGGCCCUGUUGCUGCUCUGUGGCACCAUCUCUCUCAGGGUUUACCGAAAAGUGCUGCAGGCCGUGCACCGGGGGGACGGCGCCAACCCCUUCCAGGCCUAUCUGGACGUGGACCUGACCCUGACUCGGGAGCAGACAGAGCGUUUGUCCCAGCAGAUUGCCUCCCAAGUGGUCUCUGCGGCCACCCAGCUGCGUCAUUUUUUCCUGGUAGAAGACCUCGUGGACUCCCUGAAGCUGGCCCUUCUCUUCUACAUCUUGACCUUCGUGGGUGCCGUCUUCAAUGGUUUGACUCUUCUCAUUCUGGGAGUGAUUGGUUUAUUCACCGUCCCGCUGCUGUACCGGCAGCACCAGGCCCAAAUCGACCAGUAUGUGGGAUUGGUGACCAAUCAGUUGAGCCACAUCAAAGCGAAGAUCCGAGCUAAGAUCCCAGGGACCGGAGCCCUUGCCUCGGCAGCAGCCACAGUCUCUGGAUCCAAAGCCAAAGCCGAAUGAAAAGGGUGUCUCUGCCUGCGGGACGCCUGCCCCCACCCCCUGCACAGCCCUCUCCUCCCCCUCAAUCUCCCCUUCAUCCCCACCCUCUUCCCUUCUCAGCCCCAGCCAUUUCCGGGUGGGUGUCUGGAUCACUCACACCAGGGAGUUAGCGCAAAUUGCCUGAGCGGCCAGGACUACAUUUCCCAAGAGGCUCUGCUCUAAGAGUCCAGGGAAAACGAGGCACCCUGGCUGGGGUCCUGCUGGGACUUGUAGUUGCCUAGCUGGGGCACCCGCCCUGCACUUACGCGAACCCGCCGCUGGAGGCGCCGUGAGGGGUUGGUGUCUUCUGGACGCUACUGGGCCCAAAGCCGGGGCUUUGCAUGGGGCCCAGGGGAGGCCUGAGCUUGGAUUUACACUGUAAUAAAGACUUAAGUGGAAAA